UCGGCUGUGUGUGUAUGAGCGCGCGCGUGCGUCUCUCCUCCAACAUCCACAGAGAGAGAGAGAGAGAGAGAGAGAGAGAGAGAGAGAGAGAGAGAGAGAGAGAGAGAGAGAGAGAGAGAGAGAGCACCAGCAGUCUGACAGAGCUGCACUCCCUGGAAGUUUGACAUCUCCAGCGGGUUACAGAGGGAGUUCUGUUAUCGCCGCUGCGAUGGAUCCUCGGAAGUGUACUGGGUCCGUAUUGAUUGGAGUUUACCUGUGGGCGACUUUCUGCUGUCAAGGUUGUCAUGGCGGUGUGCACCAGAGGAAGCUAUACCAUGACCUGAUGGUCAACUACAAUCGGUUGGAAAGACCCGUCCAAAACGACUCAGCACCCAUUGUGGUGGAGCUCGGCCUCACGCUGCUACAGAUCAUUGACGUGGAUGAAAAGAACCAAGUGUUGAUCACAAAUGCCUGGCUGCAGCUGUAUUGGACAGAUAUUUACCUCUCAUGGAACCCAGACAGCUACCCCGGGGUUCAGAACUUGCGCUUUCCUUCUAAUCUGGUAUGGGUCCCAGAUAUCCUCCUCUACAACAGUGCUGAUGAGAGGUUUGAUGCAACGUUCCAUACAAAUGUGUUGGUCAAUGCUUCAGGAUCCUGCCAGUACAUCCCGCCAGGCAUCCUGAAGAGUACCUGCUACAUCGAUGUACGGUGGUUCCCAUUCGAUGUGCAGAAGUGUGACCUGAAGUUUGGCUCCUGGACUCACAAUGGCUGGUUGCUGGACCUCCAGAUGAUGGACGUUGACAUCUCUACCUACAUACCCAAUGGGGAGUGGGACCUCGUAGGUGUGCCGGCUAAGCGUAAUGAGCUGUACUACGACUGCUGUAAAGAACCAUACCCUGAUGUGACAUUCACGGUCACCAUGCGCCGCAGGACACUUUACUACGGUCUCAACCUGCUCAUCCCCUGCGUGCUCAUCUCUGGACUGGCCCUGCUGGUUUUCCUGCUGCCUGCAGACUCUGGAGAGAAGAUCUCAUUGGGCAUCACAGUGCUGCUGUCUCUAACAGUGUUCAUGUUACUGGUAGCAGAGAUCAUGCCUGCCACUUCAGACUCUGUUCCUCUGAUUGCUCAGUAUUUUGCAAGCACCAUGAUGAUUGUGGGCUUAUCUGUGGUGGUGACAGUCUUGGUUCUACAGUUCCACCACCACGACCCCCAUGGUGGGAAGAUGCCUAAAUGGGUCCGAGUCAUCCUCCUCAAUUGGUGUGCUUGGUUCUUGCGCAUGAAGAAGCCUGGAGAGGAAAGCAAAACAGCUGUGAACUCCAGUAGCCCCCUAACCUACAAGUACUCCCACCCACCACCUCACCAUACAAGUACAAGCAGCAUUCAGAUGAGCACCAUACCAGGCCAGGCCUCCACCCAGUCAACCACAACCAACGGGAACAUGAACCUGUACUUUGGCUACCACUCCAUGGGUACAGACAACCCAGCUUUCCCACCAAGCACUGAUCCAGGUGUGGUGGUGUGCGGCGGCGGAGGAGGCGGGGGCACCCACCCUAAUGGUUCUUCUCCACAUGACAUCCAUUCUGAGCAGUCGCGGACUUUGCUGCUGGAGCAGAUACCAGAAAUUUCACGGAUCCUGGAGGAAGUGCAGUAUAUUGCCAGGCGCUUCCGAGAGCAAGACGAAGGAGAAGCGAUCUGCAGUGAAUGGAAGUUUGCAGCGGCAGUGGUGGAUCGGUUAUGCCUGGUGGCCUUCUCGCUCUUCUCCAUCAUCUGCACCUUCACCAUCCUCAUGUCAGCUCCCAAUUUCAUCGAGGCUGUGUCCAAAGACUUCACAUAAGGCUGAUCUUUUUCCCUCUCUGAGAGAUAAAAGAGAGGCAAAACUAACAUUUCAAAUCCUGACACAAUUAGAACUGUGCCACAAAAGCCUCCUUCUUACUACACCAUAGAGGCACAUAAGAUCCUGUAUUUUAAAAUUGUUGUAAUAGUGCUUCAGAACCAAACCUUUUCCUGUGUUCUCACAUAUUUGUCAGUAAUACUGUAUGUACUAACACCGUACAUAAAGUAUGUCAAGUAGGAGGUUGAGGCUACAUGCAGUAGUUAAUGAUGUAGAAACUCACACGUUUCAUCUGUAUCCCUGCUGAGCCACAUAAAUUUACCUGCCACCACACGGGCUUCACAUCUCAUCAGAAUAUUCAGUUCCCACUCUUUUCAGCUUUUUCUUUUCUGCUACUUUCACAAUUUUCACUUCCUUACACUACUACAUUUCAUCUUCUAGAAAUGUCAUAAAGUCAAUAAAGUAAAUGUUUUCAGCAGGGUCAAUACAAUAGGGUCAAUAGAGUUCAAUAAAUAGUAUAUUUUAUGCCCUGAAAUUGUUUUCUCAGGCCUGUAAUCCAUUAAGGCUAUUUUUUUUUGUAAAUAAAUCUACAUCUUACUUUAUAAUGUGGUGAAGUUGAGAUGAAAUCUCUAUUGAUUUGGAAAAUAUACGAGUUACUGACAUGUUGACUUACAGCAGUGUACAUCUCACCUUUUUUUUUUUAACUAAGGUUGCAUCUAAUGAUUAUUUUCAUUUUACAUUAAUCUGCAGAUAAUUUUCUUAAUUAUUUGAUUAGUUGUUUUGUAUGUAAAAUGUCAGAAAACAGUGAAAAACGCCCAUUAUGAUUUCCUAGAGCCCAGGGUAUUCAAAUCUCUUGUUUCAACUGACCAGCAGUUCAGAACCCAGAGAUAUUUAGUUUACUGUCAUAUAUGACAAAGAAAAGUAUGAAAUUGAAUCAAAAGCCAAAAAAGGCGAGUGUGUUGGAUUUUUGUUUGGAAAAUGACUAAAACAAUCAAUCGAUAAUUAAAAUAGUAUCUCCAUUUUGUCAUCCAUAAAUGUAGAUAUUAGAUGUUUUCCUUACCUACCUCUUUUUUGCCUUUCAAGUCAUUAUCAUUCUGUGCCCUUCUUUUUUUUUGCCACGAAUCCUCUCAUUUCCUUCUAGCACAGCUCAGACCCAGGUUUUAUAUCUAUAAAUGUGAAUAGAGAAAGUUUUACCAUUACUGGUGAAAGUCAUAUUUAACUGUGACCUCAAAGUUUUGCUCUUUUUAUGUCAGUUUGUUAAACCAUGCAGCAGUUCAUGAAUGGAGCUCCCAACAGCAGUUUUUGCCUGCACAAUUUGUGCUAAUACAGCGUAUUUAGUGUUGUUAGCAUAUGAUACACUUUGGCUAUUUGUAAAUGAGCCACACUCACUCACAAUGUGUUCAUCUUUUGAUAGUUAUUUAAUGUUUGACUUGUGUUCUAGUUACACACUGUGUUGCUGUGUUUUGAGAAAAUCUUGCAAUGAAGAAAAAAGAACAAAGUCAGUAAUGAUUGAAAGACAAUAUUUGUUCUUGUGAUGGAUUUUUAAACAUAGAGACAACACCCAAGUAGAGAUGCAUUUGGCACUAAUCUUUUGUAGUGCUGAGUGCUUUGUGUUUUUACUCUGUAAUACUCAACGAAAGGCAAACACUUUCUUCUCUAAUCUCUAGCAAACAACAUGCAACAAGGAUUACUGGGUGACCUUAUGUAACAGAUUUGUGUUAAACCUUGUCUCCUCUCACCGCCCCUCGAACGUCCCCUCUGAUCCUCAGUGGUACGAGUCUUGUGUGAAUUCUCACGUUUACACACGCAACUGACUUUUUUUUGACAUAGUACGUGGGCGGUUUUAGAUGUAAGAGGAAGGAUGAAAGCAACCACAUAUAGUCCUGAGUGACUGCAAUGCAAAAAAUAGUCACUGAAACAGAUUUCAUGCUGUUACAGUUAAUCAAUUGCCGAGUUCAAACAAAUGGCUGCCACCCUCUGACAACCUUUCACGCCACUCUAUGACUCCAACACUGUAAAAGCAUUGAAAUGUCACUAUCCACCACACUUUUUAUCUAUAACCAGAGAUGUGAUAUAGCAUUUACAUUUGGUUUAAACAUCAUGAUUAUGGUCUUUUUUUCUUCUCUUUCUUUUUUUUUUACAAAAAUGUAAUGUAAUGCUAUUAGAGAUGCUAACGUUAAUGUUAAAGGAAUAGUUUGGCAUUUUGGGUGUCUUGUCAAUGAGAAGAUUGAUGCCACUCUCCACCAACAUAAGAGUCAUCUAACUCUAGGCAAGAAAGCGAUUAGUCGUAUUUCCCCAAAAGUCAAACUGUUCCUUUAAUAUUGAUCCAUUUUUCAUUGCACAUUGUAGUUAUGAACUGUAGGUUUGAAGUUACUGCAGGUGCAGACAGAAAACUAAGCAUCAAUGAGCUGAGAGAAUGAAGCUGUUUUUGGACAGAACUCACACUGUUUUGCCUAUCAAAGUUCAUGUGGACAAAAGUGGAGAGAGGGGCCUUGGCUACAGAAAGAAAGUUGCGUAACAAAUCAAGGAAUAAUGCAAAACCUUGAUCACUGACUCAUCUGGAAGAAGAUGAACCCUGGAGAUUUAAUGACUCAUAUGAGACUUGGGAUGAAAACUGUCUUUUAAAUACUGUAUGUGACUUGGACUGACAACUAAUGACAGCCAAUCCUGUAGAUACUUUGUGAGAUAACCUGACCCAUUUCUAUUGUUAUCGACUCAUGUUGAUGUCUAGUCAGCAUAUCUGUUUUUCAUGUGAGAAGCAUUUAUGGCACUGAGAGUGUUCAGAGUGUGUCAAAUGAAGAAUGACGAACUCUCAAAUGAGACUGUAACAGAAUAUA